AUAUCAAAAUGAGGAACCGAUUGUGACUUAAGACACCCUGUGUAGAAAAGAAACAUAUUAAAGGUAAAUGGACAAAAUAAGGUUGUAGUGUAACUGGGAAGGGAGACAAUCACGUUAUUGGUUAACAGGGUUAGUGCCACCUAAUACUGUCACCCCUCUAAUCCAAACGGAACUGCCAGUAGACCUGGUAAGCAAAAACGAAUAGAAGAGUACAUUGGAAGAAUAACACACGUAACCAGGUGCUUGGCUGCAUGAUGGUACAAAAACGACCUGGAAGCGAACGCAAGGCGUUGCCCUGGAGCAACAAUGAAACUCCAGGAUAAGCAUCUUGUUUCCUAAGUUACAAAGUGGUGUCAAGAUCCCGCAGAUAUUGUUUUACCGUUAGAGCCGUUGUCAUAAAGCGGUGGUAAUGGUGUCCUAAUGUUAAGAAACACGAAGUAGUGUCUCCUGGAUUCUGGACACCUCUUUCUAACUUCCAAAACAAUAUAUUCCCUAUUUCACCCUGGAGGAAAGAGCUGAUCUCGCUUCAUAACUACAGCCCCAGGAAGAAACGAUUCUCGUGAAAUGCAUUUGAUACUUAGAACACAAUGUAGAUCCUCUUAGGAAUAAUAGACUUUGUGUCCUGUUCCAGCGAAAGUGUUCCUUUCGACUUUCGGAAGAGUUCAGUCUACGUUGCUUGCAUGCAGCUGGCAGACCCGGCACACAGACUUGUGCUCGAAACCAACCAACUUCCGACCCCACCCAUCCAUCACAAGUUGUUUUUUUUCUUCCGUGCCGAAAUAAAUAGCAGAAACCCUAACUGGUCCACUGAGGUACCUAGUCGAGGACAGAACAGACUGAAGGAACACAGGCUGCACUUGGUGACAGGACUUCGUUGUGUGGCGAGGGAGGAUCUGUGUCCGGCAGGGAAUGAACGAAACACCCACAAUGACCACCGAAACCUCUACUGAGAUCUCCACUCUGACGUCUGACAUUACAUUCCCUGGCUCGAGCACUUCCUCAAACGUGACCUCUGACCCUGAGAGAUGCAGUCUGGAGACGCCCUACACGCUCUACCACACCUGGCCCAUUCUAGUCUUCGCUGCCGUCGCGAUCGUCUUGUCGUUCGUCGGAAAUCUUCUUGUGCUCUUCAUCUACAACUACAGAUGGCGGGCCGCCGGAGCUACAACGAUUUAUAUCUCUUGUCUCGCCACUUCAGACUUGCUCUGUGGCCUGUUAACGAUUCCAAAUGACCUGCUGCUCGCUAACUUCACUUCCGUGCGAAGCCCAUACCUUCACCUGGACCUGGACGCCCUCUGCAAGAUCACGAGUUACCUCUCUUUCGGUCUCAGGUGGACGUCGGCCUUCCUGCUCCUGGUUAUCGCGGUUCGGCGCUUCCUGAAGCUGGACAAGACCUGCAGGAUGUACAGAGGUACUCUACGCCGCAGGCCACAAACCCCUACCCUCGGGAGCAAACUGUCCAAGGUAAUUAACUCGGACAUGGGUGCCAAGGGUAUCUCCUUGAUGAUGUUCGUACUCUCCUUCAUCAUGACGAUUCCGGUUAUUACGGUGUACAGCAACGCGCCGGAGAAUUCGUGCUUGUUCAAGCUCCAAGAUGGGUUCUCGUGUUACCUGGCCUGCGGUGUGUCAAGAGAAAUGAAAGAUUCCGUCAUCGCCAAAACCUUCUUCUCAUUCGCUUUUAUCGUCUUCGUGGCCACGGUUGUACCCAUGGUUGUACUCUACGCGGUCGUUGGCUGCCGGAUAAGAGCAUCUGAGCGAGACCGCCAAGAGCUGGAGGUCAAGAGUCGCCAAAUGUCUCCGAGGAGACCUUACAGCAUGCACGUCUCCUACCCGGACUGCCCUUCUCCUAAACCGACAAUGACCCGGCAGCGUUCCAUGCCGAUCAACGAGCGUGAACCGGAAGCCGCUGCGGCGGUGAGUGGCGCCUACAAUGGCGGGUCUACUUACUUUCCUCCGAUUUCGUACUCGGCGCAUUUUGCCUCCGCUCCGCAUCUUGCCCACAUCUUCGAGGACAUCAACGAGGGCAAUGUCAGGGAUUUCGCGCAGUGUUCCACCACCUCGUUCCAGAUGGCAAAGCGAGGCAGCAAGGCGCGCAACACCACCUUCGCUUUGAUGCUCAUUUCAAUGGCCUACGUGAUGAGUUAUCUGCCCUACCUGUCCUUGACGAUGGUGAGACGGUUCACCAAAGCCUGGUGCGAGUCAGAUGAGGCCCCAGAGAUCAUCAUCGCCACUGAGUUUUUCAGGCGCACCUACUUAAUAUCCAGCGCCAUCAACCCCUUGAUAUACGGGUUCUGCAACCCCACAUUCCGCAAGGUGUUGUGGAAGCUGCUGGCGCGCCGGAGAGAUGUCAUUUAGAGAACAUGUGCAUCGUUAGUCGUCCUGUUACAGUGACAUUUCUUCUUUCUUUGUCUACCACAUCAUUCAUGAACGUUUUCUCCCGACACUAAACAAAAUCACUACAUACAUGCAUCUGUUUCAUUUUUUCUUUUUUACUUCAUGUCGUUACCGAUCCAGAUUCAUUGUCUAUGUUUGUGUUUUCUUAAUAACUGAUAGGGACUUUCUUCUCCCCCAAAAUUCAUCUCACACAAAUUCACAGAAAUUCAUCUCAUCUUGUGUCAAUGUAUAGGUCAGGUAAGCUCAAGAAAUGACUGCUUUAAUUUCCAGGAAUUUUUCUAUACACCUGUCUUGAACAAGUUGUGUCUGUCUGUCCUCAAAAUCGAACAAUGCUUUUUUAUCAUGUACGGAAAAAAAGAGUGAAGAGCUUUAUGCCGGGGACAAGCGUAAACUGUUUAUGCCACUUUUGAUAAAAACUGGAUUUAAUCCUUUAUGAUCUGAAGUGAUCUCAAGGUUAGCAACUGUAUCUACUGUUGCUGGGAAUGUGUGUGAGAGAGAGAGAGAGAGAUUAUUUUAUCAUGCAUUAUCUAGUACGAACACUAUCUUGAAUUGCCCUUGUGGAUGAAUAAAGUUGUAUCGUAUUCUAUACUUGUUACUAAACCUUCCACUCUCCCCCAUUCCCCUCCCAUUAUUGUGUCUCUCUCAAACAGACACGCUCAUCCUACUGCCCAUGUACACAACAUCCUCACAUUCAUAUAUACUGUACACAUGAUUUCUGUCCUUUUUGUUUAUAUUUAUAUUUUUUCCUCUGACUAGCAAAGUUUGGAGGAGAGUGAAAAAAGAGAGAAAAUGAAAAUGUAAUGAAAUAAUGUAAAGAAUGGUAGAAUAAAUACUUUUUUUGCGUUUUUAAGAAAAUUGCUGUUCUGUUUAAAAUUUCUAAUUAGCUGCUGUGUGUAAGCGACUGAAAAGUACAUAAAGGAUAACCCUGUUAACAAAGAAACGUUUCUAGUGAGAUAAUUGGUUUGUUUGUUUUAUGUUAUUUGAUAUUUCAGCGAUAAGUGUGAGGAUAUUGUUGUAUCACUCUUCUGAGUGUUUUGACAUAAAAUUCUAAUGGAAUAGUUUUUUUAUUAUGUGUGAAUUUUGAGUCGAUGCUUGAGUAAGCGAUCAUGAGUUUAGCAGUAUAUAUAUGUAUAUUUAAAGGCGUAGUAGGAAACAAUAAAUUAGUGAAGAGAGUUGCGUUUGUUUCACUAAUACAUCCUGUAUAUUGCGAGUGCAUAAAUGAGGAGGAGGAGGAGAAAAAAUCGAAAGGAAAAAAAAGACGAAGACUGGUAGUGCGAAUGUUCUAUACAGCAAACGAAUAUGAUACAUAACCACAUACACUCAAGAGAAAAGUGACGCGAGUGACUAUAAAAACUGACCUAGUUGAUGGCUAU